AUGGACCCAAGAGUCUUCCUCUCCAUUCUGCUGCUGUUCGUUGGCAUUGCCUUGGCGAAUCCUGUCAGGAACCCUGGCCCUCCUGCAUUUGUACCCAUACCUGGAAAUGUGGACAUCACUACAAAGUUUCUGGAGAUAAACAAAGGGUCUUCCGAACACCUGAUAGAAGGAGAUCUGGUGUUUCCCAAAACCAAAAAUGCUCUCUACUGCUACAACAACAGCUGUUUCUGGAAGAAAAACUCUAGUAACCUAGUGGAGGUCCCUUACAUAGUGAGCAGUGAAUACUCCUCUACUGACAUCUCAGUUAUUCAGAAUGCCAUGUCCACCUUUCACAACAAGACUUGCAUUCGUUUCGUACCCAGAUUAAAUCAAACUGACUACAUCAGUAUUGAAAACAAGGAUGGGUGCUACUCUUAUCUUGGUAGAAUUGGUGGUAAACAGGUGGUCUCACUCAACAGACAAGGCUGUGUGUAUCACGGCAUUGUUCAGCAUGAGCUCAAUCAUGCCCUGGGCUUCUACCAUGAACACACCAGGAGCGAUCGUGACCAGUACGUCAAGAUCAACUGGGCAUACAUCCAAACCAGUAUGUCCAGCAACUUCCAAAUACAGAACACCAACAAUCAAAACACUCCAUAUGACUACAGCUCUGUCAUGCACUAUGGAAGAACAGCUUUCACUACCCAAGCUGGGAAGGACACCAUCACUCCCAUUCCUGAUGCAACAGUGGCAAUUGGACAGAGACAGGAUUUGUCCAGCAUCGACAUCCUGAGGAUCAACAAGCUGUAUGGAUGUGUCGUUUGA